AUGACCAAUCGCUCAGGGGCACGGCAACACGGAGGGACGGUGAGCAGGAUGAACCAUCGCGCAGAGACAAGCAAAACAAACAGAAAAGGGACAGGAGAAGGAGUAAGCAUGGAAAAUAUUAAAACCCUGUAUCAUAUAUUCUCCAGUGCGGAUGGGAUGCAUGUCGAUGGGGGGGAUAACACAAAAUGUUCCACACAUAUGCAUGACUUGAAGGGUGCUGUGAUAAGUGAGGGAGCAGUAGUGGUGUCCCCAAGGAGUGACAAAAAUGGGUCGCCCCAAGAGAACGUUAAUGUCACAAAGGGAACAAAUAAAGAAAAAGAAUUUUUACACCACUUCAAUUACUUGAGCCAUUUUGAAGAGUACAGUUGUUCUCACACCGCAGAUGUAGAAAAAGGAAGAAACAAAAAAGACGAGCUCCCAUUCGAGCAGGGUUUUGAGGUCGCACUCGAUUGGGUCGCUUUGGAGCCAGUUGAUCAUCUGUGUGACUCCCACGCAAAAGAAGGGAGAGAUGUAGAAGAUGAAAUUUUUUAUAAUAAUUCAAAACGGGGGGGGAGUCACUUGAAGUAUCACAACGUCGGUGGGGGGAAGCAGGACACGUCUUGCAGUCCCAUCAAAGGGGAAAAAUAUGAACAAGUGCAAGGAAGAAGACUUUAUGGGGGUGACGCUGCCCAGUUGAGAAGGGAAGCUAAUCCACGUGAACACACCUCAACUGGAGAAAAAAACAAAAACGGUUUUGUAAGUGCACCACAUGAGACCAUUUAUGAAGCGUUUGCCUCUCUUGCUACACAAAUGGAAAAUAAAGGGACCCACUUUUAUAAACCAUUUUAUAUGAACAGCAAUGUGGAUAAGCUGCUUUAUCUUGAAGCUGAGAAGAGUAAACUCGAGAGGACAGAACAACCCAGGGGUGGGGCCAAAAUUACCCCUUUGAAUUGGGAUAGGAAGUGUAGUACACUGACUUAUUUACACUCCGGCAGCCAUAAAGAAGGGGGAGAAAAGUCAAACGGGGAACAACCCCUCAAAACGGUGUUGCAGCCAAAAUGCAACGUGGACAAUGUGGAGGCCGAACGAGAGCAGGAUCCAUUUUUAAAUUUCAUUCAUGAAGAGAAGAGCCCAGAUGGGAUCCCCUUUUUUGAGGAGCUGUCCUACAGGGAGGACUUCACAUCUGUCAUCUUCGAUUCUCAUGAGGCUGCAAAUCGUGGGGUAGACAAGAUGGACUCUCUUGAGGGAAAUAUUACAAAAAAGGACCUACUUCGAAUGGAUAAUUUCCACACCCGUGAUGGGUCCCCAAUUGAAAGUGAAAAUAUCUUUGGUGGGUCUACCAACUUGGAUGCGAUGAAGAGAGGUGGGGGGGAGGGAGAUCCGUUCAGCAAAGAAUUGCCCAUUUGGCAGAGUUCCCUCCUCGAGGGAGAGAUCGAAAGUAAUUUAUUCGCGAGGGAUGGUGAUUACUUUUGUGGGAGGGAAACAAAAGGAGGAACGUUGCAUAUCGGACAAGUCACCAAAGAUGAGCAGAUCUGCGUAGGUCAUGAGGAAGUGACGGGGAGAGACACCCACGUAGAGAAGCCGCAUCAGUGGGGUAAGUCAUCCCGUAGCGUGGAUCUGUUUCAAGUGCACGAUGGAAGAACAGAGGGCAACAUGCAGUCUGAUAGUCGCAUUAUGAAUAAUUCGUCAGUGGGAAGAAUACAGUUAAACCACGAACUGAUAAACCUGAGUGAUGGUUCUUCCUCCGACAUGGGGUGGACAAGGAAGGGGACGACACCUCCUCGUGGAGAAGCAAGUGUGGGGUUGCUCUCCCUGGAGGAAGAAUACCCCAACGACUGUUUCUACAUGAUGAGGGAAGAGAAGAAGGAAGGUGAUAAAAACGCCCUCUGGGGAAAAUAUGACUUCUUUGAUUUUGAACACCUUGAGGAGGUAGGUGCACCUGAAAGGGGAAGCCCCGACUGGAUCGGAGACAUCUCCAAUGGAGUGACAAGAUGUGAAGUAGGAACGACAAAAGGAGAUUCUCAUGUGGGACUCUUAAGAGCGAUGCGCUACCAAAUGCAUAGCAAGGUGGAGGGGGGGAGAGAGAAAGAGGUGGAAGACGUACUACUCACCUACCACGACCACUACCUAACCGAGCAGCGGAUGAUGGAAGAGGCUGCACCAAAGGACGACGAAUGCAGCUCCUUCUUGGACAUCAUCGAUGAGAUCGUCAGCAUAAGCAAAGAUAUAAUCUGCACGAAUCAGACUGAGGAUGGCUUCGUGGAGAUUCUACAAGGGGGUCCAGACAAGGGUAUGGAUUACUCACACAUUGGGGGGCAAUUUCAAAUGGGCCUCCACCUCGAUGUACCUGUCGGAGAAGUGGUAGAACCAGGUCACAUGUCGACCCAAGCAGCUGUUUGUAAGGACCCACCUCAGGAUAAAAUUGCGAACGAUGUAUAUUUUCACUUUGAAAAAUUGACCGAGUCGUGUGGAAAGAGGGAAGACUCCAUGCAUGCAGCAGUUGAUGGGGCAGAUGACGGAGCAGAUGACGGAGCAUCUGACGAAAAUUCUCACCGCUUACAUGUGAGUGCCCAACAGGUGGCACAUCUACAUUGGAGAAACAGGUCCGGUGAAACGAAAGAUGACACUAGUGAGAUGCAAGAACAGGAGGACCCCCAGGAGAGACCCACUUGUGAGACCACCUCAAUAGGGGCAGACCUACCAACUAUGCAACUUUGUGAAGACCUAUACCGCGUACUGAUGUGUAGAAAUUAUUUGGAGGCACUUCCUGUGUUGGAGGAACACGUGUGGGGGGGAAGCGAGCCGAUGGGAGGAGACAGAUAA